AUGACCGUCAUCAAGAAAAAGUCCAAUGCAACGGCGCGUGCUGCGGAGUCUGGGGUCAGGUUUCAUUGCGAUGUCUGCUCUGCUGAUAUCUCUUCGACUGUCCGAAUACGCUGCGCAGAUGCUUCAUGUCCUGAAUUCGAUCUUUGCGUGUCCUGCUUCUCCGAGGGCAAGACUUGUGGCAAUCACCGCCCUGCUAGCCAUUCAUACUGUGUGAUAGAACAGCAUUCGAUACCAAUUUUUGACGAGGAUUGGGGUGCCGAUGAAGAACUGCUCCUUCUCGAAGGAGCAGAAACCUAUGGCCUCGGUUCUUGGGCGGAUGUUGCGGACCAUAUCGGAGGAGGAAGGGAGAAAGACGAGGUUCGCGACCAUUACUACAAGACUUACAUAGAAUCGUCGAAAUUUCCUCUACCUGAGCUUUCUGAUCCCGCGGCCGCCGGCGGCUUAGAGAGCAUGCCACGGGAGGAGUUCCAAACUCGCAAAAAGAGACGUAUUGAGGCACGAAAGGCGGCGGCAGCAAAUGCACUUCCUUUAGCGCCUAAGAAAAAACCUACAGCCAGCGUGCCAGCGUGUCACGAGGUUCAAGGAUAUAUGCCUGGCAGAAUGGAAUUUGAAGUUGAAUACGAGAAUGAGGCUGAGACAACCGUAAAGGACAUGUUCUUCGAUCCAGGCGAUGGCCUAAACCCUGUGACUGGACAUAUCGAACCCGAAAUCGACCUCAAACUCACUGUUAUGGACAUAUACAAUCACCGUCUCACUCAAAGAGUUGAGAGGAAGAAGGUUAUAUUCGAGCACGCUUUGUUAGAAUACAAGAAAAACCAGGUGAUUGAAAAACGUCGUAGUAAAGAGGAGAAGGAAUUGCUCAAUAAAGCAAAACCCUUUGCGAGGGUCAUGAAUCAUGCCGACUACACUUUAUUCGCGGACGAUCUACAGAAGGAGCUGAGCUUACGACAGGCUAUUUUGACACUGCAGGAGUGGAGGAGAUGUGGAAUACGAAACUUGGAGAAGGGAGCGAAGUAUGAAUUAGAGAAGGCGCAUAGGACAAACAUCAUGAAACAACCGGGCACCCAGAAUGACCGUGGCGGACACCGUGUCAACGCUAAGACGGCCGUUUCACUAGAGGGCCCCAUACUCUCAUCACCUCACCUCCUCCACCCAGGUACAUUAAAGAGCCUUAACAUUUCGAUCUCCAAUCCAACAUCAGCUCCGAUAUCCAGCAGCUCCCAGGUGAUCGAUGACGCCGCGGAUAACAAAGCAGAUGGCACUUAUGCAAGUCGAAAACCAAAUGCGGCGAGUGUGGUUUUAAGUCAGCCAGCAUCAUUCACACCAGCCGCGCUCAAUAACGAAAAUGCUCCAGACUUUCAUCUCCUGACAGAGGAGGAGAGGCGGCUUUGUAACCUGAUUGGCAUGCAUCCUAAGCCUUACCUUGUAACAAAGGAUCUCCUUAUGAAAGAAGCCAUGCGUCAGGGUGGAGUCUUGAAAAAGAAGCAAGCUAAAGAGAUAUGCAAGAUAGAUGUUGCAAAAGUUUCGAAAAUCCACGAUUUCUUCGUGGCUUGUGGUUGGAUUGGAAAGAAUUAG